AUGAGGUCAUUCGCCGUUGUGGCCUUAACGGCCGUGCUCGCCUCGGCCGCUCCGUUGUCCGACGCCGACUGCAAGUAUGCGGUCAAGGAGACGCAUCCCGUGCCCGGCAGCUUCGCAAGAGUCGGAGACGCGCCGCAGGACCAUCUCAUCCGCCUGAGCGUCGGCCUGAAGCAGUCCAACUUUGAGCAACUCGAGCGCGAGCUGUUCGAAGUCUCCGACCCUUCGCACCCGCGCUACGGCCAGCAUCUGUCGCAAGACGAUGUCACCCAGCUCGUCAAGCCGUCCGAGGAAUCCCUGGAGCUGGUGAAGGAAUGGAUCCAUCAGCACGUCCAUCCCGACGCCGUCGAGCACUCCUCCGCCAGCGACUUCUUGACCUUCACCCUGCCCGUCGCCUCCAUCGAGAAGAUGCUCGACACCAAGUACUCCACCUACCGCCACCGCGACGGCUUCGAACUCGUCCGCACCCCGCAGUGGAGCCUCCCCCUCCAUCUUCACGAGCACAUUUCCACCAUCCAGCCCACCAACGCCUUCAUGAGACCCUUUGGCCAGGCCAAGCUGUACCGCACAUCAGGCGGUACUCGAGCCCUCGAGCUUACGCAGGACGGCUCGGCAGACGCCGACUCCAAGUCGUCGGACAUUUCAAAGUCCUGCCAUGCAGAGAACGUCACCCCGCACUGUCUUCGCCUCCUCUACGGAACUUCUCAUUAUAAGCCCAAGGCCGGAGCCAAGGCCCAGAUUGCGCUCAAUGACUUCCUCGGCGAAAUCAACAACCGCUCCGACGCCAGGCUCUUCCUCGAACGCUUCCGCCCCAAGGCCGUCGGCGCCGCCGAGGCGUUCAAACAGAUCAGUGUCAAUGGCGGUAACACCCAGCAGACCCCCGAAAACGCAACACAGCUGAAGCAAGAAAUCGGUAUCGAGGGCAACUUGGAUGUGCAGACCAUCAUCGGCCAGACCUACCCCAUGAACGUCACCGCUUACUCCACCGGCGGCAACGCCCCGUACAUUCCGGACUCUCUGGAGCCGCCGAAUGAUCCCCAGAAUGAGCCGUACAUGAUCUGGCUGAACUACAUUCUCGCCCAAUCCGACAUCCCCUGGCAAGUCAUCUCCAACAGCUACGCAGAUGACGAGGACACCGUGCCUCCAUCCUACGCCCAGUCCGUCUGCGCAGGCUUCGCCCAGUUGGGAGCCCGCGGUGUCUCCGUCUUCUUUGGCAGUGGUGAUGCCGGUGUCGAGGGCGUCCAGGUCGGUGGCAAUUGCACCCUCAACACCAACCCCAACAAGAAGCAAUUCGUGCCGUGCUUCCCGGGCAGCUGUCCCUAUGUGACCACUAUUGGCUCGACCAGCGGCUUCAGCCCCGAGAGAGUGGCAUACGACCCUGCCAAUGGCUUCCGUCCCGGCGGUGGCUUCAGCAAUUACUUCGGCCAGCCGUCUUGGCAGAAGACCGCGGUUGAGAGCUACCUCAACAUCAUCGGCAACGCCAACAAGGGCCUCUUCAACACCUCCGGCCGCGCGUAUCCCGAUCUUGCCGCCUACGGUGUGAACUUCACCAUCGCCUGGAACGGCUCAUUUAUCCCCGUUGACGGCACUUCGUGCUCCACCCCGACCGCCGCAAGCAUCUUCGCUCUCGUGAACGACGCUCGCAUCGCCGCGGGCAAGUCCUCCUUGGGCUGGCUGAACCCCUUCAUCUACUCGACUGCCAACAAGGCCUUCACCGACAUCACCAUUGGUGAGACGCAAGGCUGCAACACGACGGGCUUCACGGCGCAGAAGGGCUGGGACGCUGCUUCCGGCUGGGGCACGCCGAAGUUCAAGGAGUUGCUUGAGGCGGCGGGUGUUGGAUCGUCGUGGAAUUAUUGA